AUGAGGAGGUCAUCCUCCUUCUCUAUGGUGGAAUCUGGUCCUCGCCUGCAGCACGUUUGCCAGGUGGUCCUGUUUUCCUUGGCGGGCUUGGGCGUGCUGAUCGGCAUCAUUGUGGCGAAUACCCCGCCCGAGGAGACUGAGCAGCCUCCAGCAGCCCGUGUGGCUUCGCCACGACUUCGCACGGAAGCCGCACGGGCGCCUGUGUUGUCGCUUCCCAACUUCUCGGUGAUUCUGCCGGCUGGAGAUGUUCCAGAUGAGUUCCAGUUUCUGGGCCGUGGCGCCUGCAUAAAUCAGAAGGGAGAGCACUUCUGGGGGGGCUCCAUGCAGUACGUCAGCGCACCUCGCGCGGAUGGCUCUAGCUUGGAGUGCACCAAACUUUGCCAGAUGUUGCCAUCCUGUACGGGGUACCAGGCCGAAGGUGCCAGCUGCUUCGUCAUCGCCGAUGGGGUUUUCCGGCCGAGUGCGGCGCGCGGGGGCCGCGAGGACACGCGGGUCGCGCAGACCCCGGGAAAGGAGCUUGAUUUCACUCUUUUUCGAAGUGAGGGCCGUGAGGCCAAGGAGACGGAGCUAGACAUUACUGCUCACCUGAGACGAGAAAGCGGUGGCCCAGGGGGCGUCUACACGGGGCAGCAGCUGCCUGUCCCGAAAACUAUCUGGAGCUUUUGGGAGGCGUUGCCCAAUGCACCGCAGGUCCUCACCCAGUUCGUGCAGGCCUGCCGGGCAUCCUGGGAAGCGUUGAACCCGGGCUACCAGAUACGGCUCCUAGACAAUGACUCCUACGGGCGGUAUGUCACAGAGCGGGAGCUUCCUGAAACGUUUCACUACCUCAGCAUCCAGCACCGCUCGGAUGCCAUCCGACUGGCAGUCCUCAAGAAGUAUGGUGGUAUUUGGGUGGAUGCCACCACCUUCAUGACGAACUCUCUGAGUGAAAUGCUGGGCGAGGAUCCAAACGUGCGCACCUUCUUCGCGCUUCCAUAUCCCUGGACGGAUCAGUCGCUGAAAGAUAAUGAUACUCGUGUGAGCUGGAUAGAUCAUCCGCAGAACUGGUUUUUAGCUGCUCCGGCUGGGGACCUCUUUAUAGAUAGACUACAGUCGUGUGUGUGGCAUUUCAUGGAUGGAGUCAACCGCGAAGACUUCAGCCUCUCCGGGCUCUUCAGCCCGCAGCAGCUGGAAAUCAUGCCGCGACUGGGGAUCCGCGCAUACCUGUCCACGGAUGCCUGCAUGUUCAGGACCAUCUUCGAGGAUAUCUCCUUGUGGAAAUGGUGGCAUAGCCCCCGCGUCAGAAUACGCGACCCCUGCGGACAUCUGGGCUUCACCUGGAUGGCGAACAUGACGGAGACGCGUGUCAAGAUCUUUGAGACCGUUGAUCCAGACUUCAUGGUCAAGCUGCGGGACGAUCCCGGCUUGUUUAUGAAGUCCCUGGGGCCGCAUUCCGUGUCUGGGUGUUGA